AUGGAUAUGGACGUCUCUCUCUUGCAGAAAUGUCACUGUGCAAAAACGGGAGCUUCGUAUCGAAAUGCUGAAGCACUGCACAAACAUGGCCCGUCUGGUGCAACUGGAACCGAGCAUUCCGCUGCCGCCCCUCCUUCCCCUUCUCCCCCUUCAAACCCCACCACUCCAGCAUCAAAGACGUCUCAUCCUGGGCUGCCUCUGAAGCCGCAGCCCCUCCAAACCAGCCUCAGCUCUCUCACCUGUGACCUCACCUCCAUUGGGCCCCUCCCGGACCUCAACCCCACCGCAUGCAACCUCUUGAACACUCCGUUAUUAACGACACUUGGUCUUUGGUGCCGCUCCCGGUCUUGCGCAUCUCCAGAUCACAUUGCAGAAGCCGUCUCCCGUCUUGAACCUCGGGGCUUCCAGAGCAACAGCAGCUUCUACUCACCCAGGCGGGUUUUUACCCCUCCCCCGCCUUUCCGGGACCAGCCACUCACAUCAUUCCAGGGACCUGUAAAGCAGCAACCUCCACAGUAA